CGGCUCCGCCCGCAGCGCUCGCUGGUUCCGGGGCGGGCCGGGCAUGGCGCUGGCCGGGGACGAGCCCUUCGGCCCCUCGGUGCUGGGCACCAGGGAGCACUGGGAUGCUGCCUACGAAAGAGAGCUGCAAACUUUUCAAGACAUUGGAGAUACCGGGGAAAUCUGGUUUGGAGAAGAAAGCAUGGCACGCAUAAUCAGGUGGCUGGAAAAGCACAAGGUCCCCCUUGACAGCUCUGUGCUUGACAUUGGGACUGGGAACGGUGUUUUACUGGUGGAAUUGGCAAAGUCUGGCUUCACAAAUCUCACAGGGAUUGAUUAUUCACCUUCUGCAAUUCAGCUUUCAGAAAAAGUGAGGGAGAAAGAAGGGAUGUCUAACAUUAAAUUAAAGGUAGAAGACUUCCUGGCACCCUCAGCUGAGCUGUCAGGCUUUGACAUUUGCAUUGACAAGGGGACUUUUGAUGCCAUAAGCCUCGACCCCAGCGACGCGGUGGGGAAGCGGAAGCUGUACGUGGGAUCCCUGGGCAGGGUGCUGAAACCAGAGGGCUUCUUCCUCAUCACCUCUUGCAACUGGACCAAGGAGGAGCUGCUGAACCAGUUCAGAGAAGGAUUUGAUAUUCUGGAGGAGCUGCCAACACCCAAGUUUUGCUUUGGAGGAAGAAUUGGAAACAGUGUAACAGCAUUGGUUUUCCAAAGGAAAAAAGUGAGGCCAUCCAUCUUGGACAAAUUAGAUUAGAUGAGAAAAGUCUGAACUUUAAACCUGACAGAAAACCUCAGACACGUGUGUAAAUAAAUGCUUUUCGAGUGCACAGUAAAAUACUAUGUAUGGAGCUCUGAGGGACUAUAAAACAUUGCCCUAGAAACAUUUCAGCUUUGCAUAAUUUGCCCAUAAAUUGUGUCCUUGCUACAACCUCACUUGUUUCGGGGAAGCUGCAAGUUUGCAAGAGAGAGGAAAAUCAGAUGUGCUAAAUACAGAGACCAAUAUAACUGAAUGGUAUUUGUGUUUGAAACAUAAAGAUUAUCUGAUAUUUCAUUUCUGUGCUGGUAAGUAGAGGUAAAGGUAUCCUACAAAGCAAAA